CUACUUCCGGACCGGUCGCCGUGUCCGGUGGAUGGAAACAUGGCGGAGUACAGCCAGGCCGGGCUCCUGGCGGCUCUGCUCCUCUUCACUGCCCUCACGGUUCGGGACGUCUACCUCGGCCGGUCGAGUUCGCAGCGGCCGGGCCUAUCUCCGAGCAGCUCGCCGGACCCGGAGCCCGCCAGAGCCGCCAAGGCCUCGACGUACAGCGGACCCGUGCUCCGGUUCCAGUACUGUAUCUCCUGAGGCUACAGCAAGGUGUUCCAGGACUACUCUCAGGCUAUAAGCCAGGUGUACCCGGACAUCCGCAUCGAGGGGGGAAACUAUCCUCCCACCGCCUUCAACAGGUGUCUUGGUAAUCUCAUCUCAUACCUGAAGCUGCUCUCUAUCCUGCUGAUCAUCAGUGGUCAGAACCCCUUCCUCCUCCUCGGCCUGGAAACUCCACGAGCCUGGACCUGGAGUCAGGACAACAAGAUCUUCUCCUGUUUGAUGGCCUUCUUCCUCUGUAACAUGAUGGAGACUCACUUCCUGUCUACAGGCGCCUUCGAGGUUACUCUUAAUGAUGUUCCUGUGUGGUCCAAGUUGCAGUCUGGCUACGUCCCAAAUAUCCAAGAGAUGUUUCAAAUCCUCAACAACCACCUUAAGAUGAACCAGGUGGACCACAUGAACUUCUCGCCCCCUUAGAGUUGCACUCAGCUGUGCUGCAUUCAAGUGUCCCGGCUCAGUGGGACAUUCAGCCACUGGCGUUCAUGAAGGUCCGGCCUCAAAGCAGACUCUGCUGGGCCCGGCUGGAUGUUUCCCGCCAGGAAACGAGUGCUCCUUCUGCACCGGCUCACAGAUAUCAGCACAUCAGCACCACUAUACCUACGACGCACCUGUGCCCUGCUGACGAGGGGGGAGCGGGGGCUGCCUGGUGUGAAGCUCAGUACCCCUGAUUGGAACCCUUUGGUUUUAUUUAAUUAAAGUUUCUGCUACAAAAAGAUGAAAGUCGUGAAACUGUUUUAAUGUCAAACAGAACCUGAAACAUUAAAGUAAUUACAACAUGUCA